CAUUACAUCAAAUCAGUUGGGAGAGGAGAAAAAAAAAAAGAAACAGAAGGGGAUGAGAUGAGGAAGCCAACAACAGAGACAACAACAGGGAAGAACAGCAGCAGCAACAUGAUGAGCAAAAUGAGGAAAGGGUUGUGGUCACCAGAAGAAGAUGAGAAGCUGAUGAAUUACAUGGUGAGGAAUGGACAAGGCUGUUGGAGUGACGUGGCAAGGAAUGCUGGUCUCCAGAGAUGUGGCAAGAGUUGCAGGCUUCGUUGGAUUAACUACCUGAGGCCUGACCUCAAGCGUGGUGCUUUCUCCCCUCAAGAAGAAGACCUCAUCAUCCAUUUGCAUUCCCUUCUUGGCAACAGGUGGUCUCAAAUUGCAGCUCGCUUACCAGGACGCACAGACAAUGAGAUAAAGAAUUUUUGGAACUCAACAGUUAAGAAGAGGCUAAAGAAUUCAUCAUCAUCCACACUCUCACCAAAUACUAGUGACUCUUCUUCAGAGCCUCUAAUUCAAGGGAUGAUGAUGACUAUGAGAGAACAAAACAUGAUGACCAUGUUCAUGGACUCAUCAUCGUCGUCGUCAUCCGCCACUCGAUCAAUGGCUGUGAACCAUCCGAUCGAUCCACUCCUUCCCAUGUUUGAGCAAGGGCUAAACAUGUCUAGUUCAAGUGGAUGCUUUAAUGCGCCCACAUUCAUGCCACAAGUUGGAAUGGAUGUGAUGAUGAAUGGUGGUGGUGAUCAUGGCUUUUAUGGGAAUCAUCAUGGAAUCUAUGGAGGUGGUGGCGGUGGUAACUACAUUAAUCUUGGGCCUGAAAGAGAGUUGUUUGUUCCUCCUUUAGAGAGUGUAAGCAUUGAAGAAACCAAAAGUUCUAUAAAUAGGAACACAUACAACAACAACAACAACAACAACAACAACAACCCUAUUAAUAAUAUAACCAAUAGUGUCAUAAACCAUUGCAAUAACAAUAGCAAAGUAGAAAACAUGGAAGGAUUUGAAAGUUGUUGGCAAGGAGGAGAAGACCUAAAAGUGGGGGAAUGGGACUUGGAGGAACUCAUGAGAGAUGUUUCCUCUUUUCCUUGUCUUGAUUUCCAAGGUGAAUAAUUGGCCUCCCUUUCCUUCUUUCUUUCUUUCUUCUUCUUCUUCCUCUUAAACCAAAAACAAAAAAGGAAGCAACCCUACUCAAAGUAAGACCUCUUUUGAAAACCACAGAAACUCAAGCCAAGAAAAAAUAAUGUUUUGCGAAUAGGAAAAAAGCUUGGAAGUCCCGGAAAAAAAUAAUACAGAAAGUGACUAGAAAUAAAAUGUGGUGAAUCAAUCUGGUCAAGGCAUUUUAUUUUUUGACAACUUUUUGAAUAACUUUUUUUUGGGACUCUUGGAAAUUUUUUUUUUUUUACCCUUUUGUUGAGUUUAUUGGGAGGUCUCUCAAACCUUGUAUGUAUACAUAAUCGUAGCCAUGUAAUCUUUGUAUGUAUGCAUGUACUCUAUAUCAUGUUGUGAAGAGGAAACUUUGGGCCAUUAAUACCAACUCAUUUUGGGUGGCUUUAAUAAUCAUUGUACCUGUGAAGAGAGAUGUGAAUAGUUCUAUAAAGUAGACAGGGAUAUCAAGAUUAGUUGGUGCAAAUUGUAGUUUAGUUACUAUGGGAUUGUACAAAUCUCUAUAGAAGUGGAAGUUGUUAUUUAGUGGAAGAUAAGUAAGUUGUUUUA